CAUGUUCCAUCUGCACAAGCGAAGAGGAGGCGGCGAAACCGACGGCGGUGAAGCUCGAGUGACGGUGGAGUGGAGGAGCUCUAAUCAAUGUGGCUGUCUCCCUUCUACCCUCUUCGCGUAUCCUAACAAUCCCUACGCUCUUUUUGUUUCCUUCUCUUCCUCCAGCACGCCGCCUCUUGGUGUUCAUUACUUGCCUCGCUCGGGGGAAACUUCUUCAUGUUCUUAUUCGUUUCUUCUUGUUGCACUUUGGUGUGGUGAUUUCCUGCUAUUUCAGAAAUCUCUGUGAUUUCCAUUUAAGUUGAAGAAUGAGCAUAUAUGUGUCUGGAACUGGUAGCAACUGAUAUCGGUAGUUUCUGAUGAGCCUUCGCACCUUGCUCCCAAAACAUGUAGUUGCUGUAAUCAAGUACCAAAAGGAUCCACUCCGUGCUCUUGAGAUGUUCAAUUCUGCAGCAAGAGAUGAUGGCUUCAAGCAUAAUCUCUUCACCUAUAAGUGUAUGGUGGACAAGCUUGGAUCUCAUGGCAAGUUUAAGGCCAUGGAGGAUAUUAUCUCCGAAAUGAGGAUUAACCUUGAUAAUUCAUUGCUUGAAGGCGUAUAUGUUAGCUCCAUGAAGUGCUAUGGUAAAAGAGGCAUGGUCCAGGAUGCGGUCAAUACAUUUGAGAGGAUGGAUUUCUAUGGUUGUGAGCUGACUGUUGUAUCCUACAAUACUAUUAUGAACAUCUUGGUCGAAUUCAUGCACUAUGAUCAAGCACAUAAAGUGUACCUAAGGAUGCUUGAUAAAGGAAUUGUUCCUGACAUCUACACUUUUACAAUUAGGAUAAAGUCAUUUUGUAGAACGCAGAGACCGCAUGUAGCUUUAAGGCUUUUGAGGAAUCUGUCGCAUAGAGGAUGCCCUGCCAAUGCAGUUGCAUAUUGCACUGUUGUUUCUGGUCUCUACGAGGAGAACUGUCACUGUGAGGCCUGCAAUCUGUUUGAUGAAAUGCUCAGCAGAAAACUAUAUCCUGAUAUACUUACAUUUAACAAGCUUAUCAAUGUUCUUUGUCAAAAAGGCGAAGUUGUUGAGAGCUACAAGCUUGUUGCCAAGAUUUUGAAGAGGGGCACAUCUCUGAACCUGUUCACAUACAAUAUACUGAUUCAAGGAUUGUGCAAAGACAGCAAGGUAUCUGAUGCUAUUUCCUUGUUCCAUCAUAUUGGUGAUGAUUUGGCUCCAGAUGUGGUCUCCUAUAAUACACUUAUCUCUGGUUUAUGCAAACAUUCUAAAUUAGUUGAAGCAGUGCACUAUCUUCAUAAGAUGACAAAUGAAGGUUGCAUUCCAAAUGAUUUUACAUAUAAUACCAUUAUUAAUGGAUACUGCAAAUUAGGUCAGGUUCAUGAUGCAUGCAAUCUUCUUAAAGAUGCAGAGUUCAAGGGGUUUGUUCCUGACCAUGUAACUUACUGCUCUUUGAUUAAUGGACUCUGUGAGGAAGGCGAGACAGACAGAGCAUUUGAAUUGUUUGAUGAGUCUCAAAGAAAGGGGUUGAAGCCUAAUACUGAGAUAUAUAAUUCACUAAUCAAAGGGCUUUCUCAACAAGGCCUUAUAUUGCAAGCAUUGGAUGUCAUGAAUGAUGAGAUGAUAGAAAAUGGUUUCAAUCCCGAUAUAUGUACAUAUAACAUUAUCAUAAAUGGCUUAUGCAAGAUGGGGAAUGUUUCUUAUGCUUGUAUUGUUCUCAAUGAUGCUAUAGCAAAACGCUACCUUCCUGAUGUUUUUACUUUCAACACAUUAAUUGAUGGCUAUUGCAAGCAACUGAAGCUGGAUCAAGCUUUGGAAAUUGUUGACAGAAUGUGGACCCAUGGUCUUGUACCAGAUGUUAUCACAUAUAAUUCUGUUCUGAAUGGCCUUUGCAAAGCUGGGAAAACCACUGAUGUAAUUGAAACUUUCUCAGGGAUGGGAAAGAGAGGAUGUCGUCCAAAUGUAAUCACAUACAAUAUACUCAUAGAAAACCUUUGCAAGGCCAAUAAAAUACAAGAAGCAUCUGAAUUGCUUGUGAAGAUGGUAAAUGAAGGAUUAACUCCAGACACCAUCAGUUUUAGCACAUUGAUUCAUGGAUUCUGCAGGAACAGUGAUCUUGAUGGAGCCUAUGACCUCUUCAAAAAAUUGGAGGACCGGUUCUUUCCAACAACUGAUACAUAUAACAUUAUGAUUGGUGCAUUUUCUGAGAAGCUGAAUAUUCAUAUGGCUGUGAAAAUUUUUAAUGAGAUGAUAAGCAAAGGGUUGCUGCCAAAUGGAUAUACUUAUCGUGUUCUAGUCAAUGGAUUUUGCAAGACUGGAAAUAUUGACUUUGCUUACAAAUAUCUUACUGACAUGCUUAAUAAAGGAUUUGUUCCAACAAUGGCAACAUUUGGACAGGUCAUAAACUGCCUUUCUGUAAAACACAGGGCUUAUGAAGCUGUUGGUCUCAUUUACACUAUGGUCAGCAAAGGUGUAGUUCCAGAGGUCGUCCAUACCAUACUCAGUACUGAUAAGAGGGAGAUAGCAGCGCCAAAGAUCCUGGUGGAGGAACUUCUGAAGAAGGGUCACAUUACUUAUUAUGCAUAUGAACUUCUUUAUGAUGGGAUUAGAGAUAAGAAACUAUCAAGAAGAAGGGGCAAGAUGAAACUUGUAAAAACAUAAGCUCUGACCUUCCGAAGAACUGAUAUAUACACUAUUGGAAUUGCUAUCGUGAAGUUGACAUCUUCACAUAAUAACCAAUAGACUAUUCACAAGAAAAAGAAAACAAGAGAUCAACUUGCAAGAUGCAACACUGCAAUAUCAGUACUGCAGAAAGCAAAUUUUUGGGAAUGCAAACCUUCUUUGAUGCAAUUAAUUGAAUCAAGAUGCUGUUACAGUGUGUUAUCCAUCGGUCCCAUUGGUGCUCACUCAGAUUGCAGUUAAUCAAGGAGGUAAUCUCGAUAAUCUAUUUACUCUAAGCCUCUAAAUUUGUAAUGCUACUUCCAUAGCACUGAUUUCUUAUUAACAAUUACAAUUACUCCAUGCUUCUGUUAUAAUUAUGUUGAUUCAAGUCAUGGUGGAAAUUUGGUUAGCAAAUGCACAAAUACUGAAUAACUAUCUAAGCUAUAUUGAACAUGUCGUGUACUCUUCAGAAAUUUAGUGAAAUUAUGAUAAAUAUGUCAUAUUUUAUGCUGAAAACAAUCAAACUAUGUACUUCCAUUUACUCCUAUUCUUUGACUAUUUUUUUUAAUAAUGAUUGGCUCUCACGCUACUGCACUGUACAUUUAUUUACAGAAUUAUUAUGUGAUUAUUUCUCCUUAAUGGAUCUUGUUUAUUUAUAAUCUUGACUGUUAAGGCUAAAUUACGGAUCUUUAGCAAGUUGAAGCAUCAUUACAUUUUAACAAGUUGAUGGUGCUAACCAGUACUUUUUUUCCUGAGGCUACUUAUUACUAAUGGCUCCUACAAGUGCAGGCGGGGACUUUGCGGACCAGAGGAUGGACCGUAAAGGGUGAUUGGUUGUCGAUAUUGCUGCUUACUCUAUAAACUACACUUUUAGUGCAUAAUACGUGUGCUCUUCCACGAAAUUUUGAUGCUUGUUAUUUCAGCCGUCUUUGCUAGGAUUCAUGUAGAGGGCCCAUAGAAGCGGCUUGGAAUGAGCAGAGAAGCAUGCCAAGAAAUUCAAGCUGCUGGAAUCGUUUUGAUGCAAACAUAUUCUGGAUAUAAUCCAAGUGUCGGUGCAACCGAAUCAACCAUGAUAGAAGACCAGAGCUAAAUUUGCACAGUAAAGUGAGGAAUAUUAUCACUCACUUGUUUUCAUCGUGCUCGGAGUACAUGCAGUUCUAUUUCCAAUUCAAAGGGUCGACACUUCAAUCGCCCAUUUCACUCAUAGCUGACACUUCAAUUGCCCAUUUCACUCAUAGCUACAAAAUACAUUGUACACGAUACGCAUAAGAGCGGCUUGCAAGCAUUCAUACAUCGGUAUGCUUUGAAACCUUCA